GUUAUUUGAGUAUAAAAAGUAGAAAUGGGUGGAAAACAUGCAUUACUAAUUGGGAUGAUGAAGUUGUUGUUAUAACUGGAGGUUCGGGAGGACUUGGGAGUUUACUAGCCGAAACGCUUGCUAGAAAUGUGACUGUUAUUAUAUUAGAUAUUAGACCUCCACAAAUUGAACAUGAUAAUAUUAUUUAUUAUGAAUGUGAUGUGUCGAAAUUUGAAGAAGUUCAAAAGGUUGCUAAAGAGAUUAUAGAGGAGGUAACAAUAGCGUCUGCUCUUGGAUUUAUUGGAAUGCCCCAAUUAGCGGAUUAUUGUGCAAGCAAGGCAGCAUUGAUCGGUUUUCAUGAAACAUUACGUCGUGAAUUGGACAGUCGAUAUAAUGCAAAAAAUGUUCGUACAACAUUAGUCUGCCCUGGAAAAAUCAAAACUGGAAUGUUUGAUGGCACAACUGUUAGAUUCCCAUUUUUAACACCUUCGAUGGCUGCACUUGAAAUAGUAAAACCUAUAAUCACUGCUCUGGAUAAAAAUCAGGGACAGGAUAUCCUUAUGCCAUAUUAUGUUAAUGGUUUGGCGUUGUUAAGGUUCUUGCCUCAGUUUGUACAAGAUCUUCUUUAUAAGCAUAAAAAAUAUUCAACAUCCGAAAUACUUUAUUUUAAAAUUUUAUAUUCCGAUUUUAAAGUUGACUUCAUCAAAACUUUAUAA